AUGUGCAAAGAUGAAAUCCAAUGUGAUCUUUGGAUUUUAGGGUUGAGGGCUUUAACAUCCCUGCAUCGCCAUCCUAGACCACUUAAUAAUUUGGGGAGUUUCAGACAGGUGCAAAGUUGUCUAAAUAGUCCGGCAGGUCUUUUUAGGAGAAGGCAAACUCUUGGAAUAGUGGAUGAUGACAACGAGUUCUCCCAGGUGAAAAGCGUAUGCGGGAGUCCUACUUUAACACUUUCUGAGAGGUGUAUUUCUGAUGGCAUAUCUUUUUCUUCUGAUAGCUUUUAUUCGUCGGAGUCAGUCCUAUCAAAUAUGCAAAAUGUAAUGGACAUCUCAGUUCCAGAUUCUCCAUAUUUUGGAUCAGAUUAUCUCAAGAGGAGGCGAAUAUAUUCUGAUGCCGACUGUGAGCCUCACAGGUUUGUUUCCUAUGCCUAUGGAACCUCAAGAAUUGAAAAGGACAAUAUUUUGAAAGAUGUCAUGAUCUGGGGUGAAAGUAUUGGAGGGAAUGUAAGUGGAUUGCAAGCAGAUGCUUUACUGCCUAAGUUAUUAGAAUCAACUAUGACAAUGGAUGUACAGAAUAUAUCUUUAGGAGGGAAGCAUGCUGCAGUAGUUACGAAGCAGGGGGAAGUGUUCUGCUGGGGUCACGCUAAUGGGGGAAGACUAGGGCACAAAAUCAAUAUGGAUGUGAGCAACCCUAAACCUGUUGACUCCCUUAAUGGGAUCCAGGUGAAAUCUGUUUCGUGUGGUGAAUAUCAAACAUGCGCUCUGACACAUUCUGGUGAGCUCUAUACAUGGGGAGACACAAGUUGCGGUGCCAGUUUAGAGGCCGAGGAGAAGAGUAUCAGUCAGUGGUUACCGCAUAAACUUUCUGGUCCGUUGAAUAAUAUAAAUGUAUCAUAUGUCGCUUGUGGGGAAUGGCAUACAGCUAUGGUGUCCACUUCUGGGAAUUUAUUUACAUAUGGAGACGGAACCUUUGGGGUACUGGGGCACGGAAAUCUUUAUAGUGUUUAUCAACCAAAGCAAGUUGAAUCUCUCAAGGGUUUAUGGGUAAAAUCUGCUGCAUGCGGAUCAUGGCACAUGGCUGCUGUAGUUGAAAUCAUGGUCGAUUGUCUCAGGUCCAAUUCAAUUGGUGGGAAGUUGUUUACAUGGGGUGAUGCGGAUAGAGGGAGGCUAGGACAUGUGGAUCAUGAGAAGAAGCUUUUACCAACUUGCGUUGGGCAGCUUGUGGAUCAUGAUUUUGUUCAAGUUUGUUGUGGAAGAAUGUUGACUGUUGGGCUUACCAAUAAAGGUGCAGUUUAUACAAUUGGAAGUUCAGUACAUGGGCAGUUAGGGAAUGCUCAAGCCAAGGAUAAAUCAAUCACAUUGGUUGAAGGGAAGCUUAAGGAAGAGUUUGUUAGAGAAAUAGCAUCCGUUUCAUAUCAUAUAGCUGUUUUGACAGCCAGAGGAAAUGUUUAUACCUGGGGAAAGGGGACUAAUGGACAGUUGGGAUUAGGUGAUAUCAACGAUCGUAGCACACCAACUUUUGUGGAGGCUUUGAGAGACAAGCAGGUAGAAAGUGUUGUUUGUGGAUCAAAUUCAACAGCUGCAAUCUGCGUUCACAAAUCUAUUUCUGUCAGCAACCAGUCAGCUUGUUAUCGAUGCAACCUACCUUUUGGGUUUACUAGGAAGAAGCACAACUGCUACAAUUGCGGUCUUCUAUUCUGCCAUUCGUGUAGCAGUAAGAAGGCUAUGGAUUCUUCGCUGGCACCCAAGAAAGGCAAGGCUUUUCGAGUCUGUGAUUCAUGCUUUAGCAAUCUGCAGAAACUUACACAUUCAUGUAGAUCAUUCAAGCAAGAAAAUCAUAGUAGCAUAAAGCUAUUGACCGAAGAAAAGUCAGUCCCAGACAGGAAAGAAGAAAAGGCUGGAGAAACACCUAAGUACGGUCAUCUAUUAUCUAUCAAACAGGCUUGUAACAAGAAACGCCAGUCUGGUGUGAGGACCACCACCAUGAAAAACCAAGAAGGAAACCAGCAGCAUCUAGAACCAGCUUCUUCUUCCUUGAGCGAAGAGCCACGAUGGGGCCAAGUCUCAUGCCCUGAUCUAUUUAAACCGUAUUAUAGAGAAAAUUAUACAGCACUUAACUCUCUGUCAAAAGAUCAUUUAUCUUCUGUCAUCCUAGUGCAUUCAGAAUCCACAAUGUCCGGUGCCAGUAACGCAGAGAAAUGCAUAUCCACGUCAGAUGAGAUGGUUAUUGAAGAAAUACAGCGGCUGACAGUUGAGGCACACAACCUUGAAAGGAAAUGCAAAAUUGGAAGCCAGAAGAUUCAUGAAUGUGAGCAGAAGACUGAGGAAACAUGGUCUCUGGCAAGGGAUGAAGCGGCUACAUGUAAGGCAGCAAAGGAGGUUAUAAAAGCUUUGGCGUUAAGGCUUAAAACUAUUUCAGAAAAGGCGUCUGCUGGAAAGCAACCAAACAAUGGUAUAGAUACAAAACUUCCUCAACUCACGCCACUGAAUACAAAUACAAAACUUCCUGAAGUAGAUAGUGUAUCGGAUUCGCCUGCUGUGUUGUCUGAUACGCCGAAGUCAGAACCCCAUGGUAGAGAAACUAAAUCGGCAAAGCUUGAAUGGGUAGAACAAUUUGAACCUGGAGUGCAUCUCACGCUUGUUGUCUUGCCAAAUGGACAAAAGGGGUUAAAGCGAGUGAAUUUUCGCCGGAAGAAGUUCACUGACAAAGAUGUAGAAAGAUGGUUGGAGGUAAAUCAAGGCUUGAUAUACCAGAAUUAUGGCAUUGAGGGAUAUGAGAACUCUACAGAAGAUUAACCUUUAAGGGCUGAUCUUUAAUUACAUGCCCUUUGCAUUUGGACGUGUAUACAUCUACAGUCAAUUGGCAGGCAGAUUUUUACGUAGAUUAACGUUGCAGGGAAGAAAGUUUUUGUGUUUAUGCAUUGGCUGCAGUCCAUAUGAAGUAUCCUGCAUGUGUAAUCCCCAUGUACAGUUAGUGAAACCCUAGUCUUCAUUGACAAUAUGUGGCACCCUAAAGGAUAAAGCUCUCAUAGCCAAAACAACUGGAACUAAGAGAAAUCUGUAAGUUUUAACUUUAAAUUUCCACAUUGCUGAGUUUUGCAGGGUUCCAUUUUUCAGUAUGUGGUUGGGCCAGUAAAUCUCGGUGCAAAACCAUGGACCCUUGUAAUUGUUGGCAUUUUCUUCUUGGGGCCACGGCCUUCUGUAUGCAUCUAAGAGAUUUUCUA